UUUGUUGUCAUCAGCCACAUUUACGCUAAGUUGUUUUUACCAAGUUUUUAAUGGAACGUAUAAUUUUCUAUUCUUCCACCUAGCUUCGAUCAAACGACAGAAAAUGCGUAGGAUGGUGGGGACCGUUCACACAAAAUUUCCGAACGAAUAACACGAGUGACAGUUGCCGUUGUGGGCUACACCUAGACAUUUCAGGUAGCUACAGUUAUUAAAUGGUGAUUACCAGUGCCAUGGAGAGGAGAAUCAAGCUGAAAACACUGAAUAGCCACAUAACGUGCAAGAUAUGCAGAGGAUAUUUGAUAGAUGCCACCACUGUCACGGAAUGUUUACACACUUUCUGCAAGAGCUGCCUGGUGAAACAUUUGGAGGAGAAGCAUACCUGUCCGACAUGCCAAAUAGUGAUACAUCAGUCACAUCCCCUUCAAUACAUAAGCUUCGACAGAACUAUGCAAGAUAUUGUUUACAAAUUAGUUCCUGAUCUCCAAGAAAAUGAAAUUAAAAGAGAAAGGGAGUUUUAUAGAGCAAGAGGUUUACCAUGUCCGAAAGAUGUGCUACCCAAUGCUGGUGAUGUGGAGGAAGAAAAGGCAACAGCAGAUGCACAUGCAGAAUCAGAUUAUCAUCGUGCAGAUGAACAGGUGAACGUGUGUUUGGAAUGCAUGAAUACAAACUUGAAGACCCUGAAACGGAGGUUUAUCAGGUGCUCUGCCCAAGCAACUAUUACACAUUUGAAAAAAUUUAUCGCGAAGAAAGUUCUCAACGGGAUGGAGAAAUAUCGAGAUAUUGAUAUUUUGUGCAAUGACGAACUCUUAGGUAAGGACCAUACAUUAAAAUUCGUGUACGUGACGAGAUGGAGGUUCCGGGACCCACCGUUAAGGCUACAAUAUAGACCACGAAUAGACAUCUAAGACUAAUAUUUCUGUGUUCGAUAAAAUCACAAAGAAUCUGUACCUACUUUAUACAUUUCCUAGUUCUAUUCGUGUAUCGCCCGUUGUAGUACUUAUUUCUGUGUGCCCACGCAGCUGGGACAUCGGGAUUGAAUUUUUGGAACGCGGAGAGACGGUUUCUU